AUGGAGGUACAGCAGCAGCAGCAGAACUACUGCGAGACCUUGGCUGCCGAUGAGGCAGCAGACGGUGACGAGCAAAACGGGCAACCCCGAGUCGACGUUGCCGAGCUCCACCCUAGUGUUCGCUUCUACCGUGGGAUGUGGAACCUCACUCAGCUAGCGGACACUGUCUUUGACGACGUUUUCUCCAGUACCGACGGUAGCGAUGACGACAAGACGGUCUCUGUCUCGGCACUCUCGGUGGUGGGCCUUCACCAGAAGCUUCUUCCCCCCGCAGUCGUGAGCGGACUCGGCGAUGUGGCCGACGAGAGCUACGCAGUGCAGCUAGCGUCAUCUAGCGGGCUUGAGUUUCUACGCCUCCGCUGGCACGUGCUACUGCCGUUGCUCUUCCCUUGCUGUAGGUGGGGUGACGAGGUGGGUGCGACUUCCUCCGACGUCUCGUGUUCAGGUCGAGAGAGCAUCAGCGACGGCGCUGGAAAUGGCAAGUGCAGCUCCCACAAGCAGCAGGGCUUCUCCAUCACCGAGGAAGGGACUUCAUUCCCUGCCGAGAGUGCUUGCUCUGCCCCCGAGUUGUACGAGCUGCUCCUCUGUCGCCCGCUAGUGAAGAACGACCUUGCCAUAAUCCGAGAGCCUGGACUGAUGGACCGUGUCUACUACAGCUACGUGGUGCUACUCCGCUUCUUCGGGUGGCGUGUACAUGAAGAGGAGCGUGGUCUGCUAGACCGCCAUCGGGCCUGGCAGGAGCGGUAUGCGCUGCUUGAGCUCUACAGGACGUCCACCACCGUCACAGCAGCCGCACAGCUUGCCCCAGGCACAACUGCUGCAGAGCCAUGCGGCCAUGUCGACGGCGACGACCUCAAGGACAAGAGCACUUAUCAAGCUCAACGUGCUCUUCCACCGCCGUCUCCCACGUACCGCACCUUCAAUUUUUACGAGUCGGGCCUUCCACGUGUGCUGCGCUGCCUUCUGGACAUUGGGUUUCUGCGCCUGGCUGUGCGACUUGUGGAGUUUCUCUUGGAGGAGAUGGUCUGUGGUCGUCUUCUGUUCCUGCUGCCGCUGGUUGAGGCGACCUUGCUGCCGAUACUCGUUCAGCAGCCGCAUGUCGAUUCAAGCCACAAGACACGGCUGCAGAAGCGACUGUAUAGGCUCACCCACAGUGACUCGGAUUAG